AUGCUAUCUUACAAACAGAUCGCGAAGCAAGUGUUCGACAAUAAAAGGGCCUACUUCAGAUAUCUCGACCCUCAUGCACAGAUACAGAAGCCUGACGACAGCGCGUUAGAGAACGAAAUCAAGAGCGUGGUUCAGCAGGAGCUAGGCAACCCGGACGAAGUACUCCUAGAUGGACGGCCCGACUCGGGCGACGUUUUCGCAAUUACGACACAAAUGGACAUCGGCACGAACAAAGCUGCUCUUAUCCGAUCAUACCAAACACGGCGCAUAACUGGACCGGACUUGGAACCGAACAUGCCCAUAUGGCAAGCGAUGAAGGCGACCUCAGCAGCCCCACGAUACGUGCAAUCCGAGCCAGGAGUUCCGCAACGCUUCGUAAUCGAGAAAGGUCUCGUUGAUCAUGGGACUACAAAGAACAACCCAGUUCGCGACAUCCUGUAUGAAUGUAGGAAGCUGUUCCGAUAUGCGAACGACAUGAUGAUCAUUGUCUCGGUCGGGACGGGCGUCGGCCUGAAUCGCAAAAACGAGAUUCCCGAAAUGGCGAACAGCGUUGAGGAUAGGAAGGCUGAAGCAAGAUCGUGGGGUGAUAGAUUUGAGGCCGAACAUGCUGCGUUGAUGGAGCGCAACUGGAUGAAGUACUUUCGGUUUGAUGUGACGGGGUUGGAAGAUGUGCCACUGGAGGAGUGGAGUCACGAAGAUCUGAUUAAGGAGAAGACUUCAGCAUACCUCGCUCAGCCAGAGGUGGGACAAAAGUUCUAUGCGUGUGUUGAUGCGAUAACGGCGCUGCUGUUGAGCCCGCAGGGGAGGUAG